AUGACGGUACAUGCUCCCUACCCCUUUGUCAGCGCGUUCCAGCAAGGUCUGAGCGGUCUACCCACCCGCAUCGCUGGCGUCCCUCCCUCUCCAAGUCAAGCAGGAUUCGUUCAGGGCCGUCGAGGCUCCGUCUCUGCCGAAUCGAUCAGCCUCCCGCCCGGGGGUCAGAAGCCGAUUCUCCCGUUUUACGAAAAGACACCAGAGCAGCUCAAACGUAUCAAGGACAGCAUCUCGAAGGCAUGGUUAUUCAAGGAUCUUGAUCCCGAGCAAGAGGUCUCUGUGUACGGCGCCUUCAAGGAAGUGCACACAAAGGCAGGAGAAGUGAUCAUCAAGCAGGGCGAUGCUGGCAACCUCUUCUAUGUCGUGGAGAGCGGGAAUUUGGAGAUUUUCAUUUCGAGCUUUGACGAGCGCGAUGAACAGGGGGACGGUGAAGCAUACCCUCCCAACACGACCGAGGAGGUUUACUCUCGCGAUGGCUACGGCAAGCUCGUACAGAAGGUCGGGCCUAGUGGAUCUUUCGGUGAACUCGCCCUCAUGUACAAUGUGACUCGCGCUGCAACUGUCGUUUCCAUCACUCCCUGUAUCUUAUGGGCACUCGACCGCAUCACAUUCCGUACCAUCCUCAUGGACACGGCUUUCAGGAAGCGUCGGAUGUACGACCAAUUCCUCAGCACAGUUCCUAUCUUCCGUAGUCUAAGCCAGUAUGAACGCUACAAGAUCGCUGAUUGCCUCGAUACUUUCGUCUUCCAGAAGGGCGACAUUGUCAUCAGGCAAGGCGACAUUGGCGAUCGGUUCUAUAUCGUCGAGAUGGGCAACGCAGCUGCAGUCAAGGAUGUUGUGGGCGAGGACGGAAGGACGGAGAGGCGUACAGUCAAGCUAUACAAGAAAGGCGAUUUCUUUGGCGAACUGGCUCUGCUCCGUAACGAGCCUCGUGCAGCCAGCGUUGUAGCUACAGGAAGUCCUGACGCUCGCUUGUAUCAGGGUUUGCGCGUCGUCUCGAUGCCACGUGAUGCGUUUGACCGUGUUAUGGGGCCUCUCGCAGACGAUCUCAGGCGGCAGGUCUACAGCGACAGCUCCGUCGCUCCUGAGGUUAUCGUAUAG